AUGUCUUCACAGAAUUCCUCGAUCAAGGUAACAGAAUUUAUUAUAGGUGGUUUUGACACAACUGAAAAGCCUGUGGUAGUUGGUGUGGUUAUAUUGAUUACAUAUGUUCUAGUUGUUCUAACCAAUAUAGUAAACAUCCUCUUUGUUAUUUAUGACCAAAGAUUACACAAACCAAUGUAUCUUCUGAUUUGCAACCUUGCUGUUGUUGAUAUACUGUACACUUCUAGUGCCACUCCAACAAUGAUCGGCGUUCUACUUGCUGGUGUUAAUACUAUAUCCUAUGUGCCAUGCAUAAUUCAGAUGUUUGCUUUCCACUUGGCUGGGCUGAUGGAGAUGUUUGCUUUAUCAAUUAUGGCAUUUGAUCGAUUGGUUGCUAUUAGAUAUCCUUUUCACUACCAUAGUUAUUUAACAAAUGUGCGCACUCUUGUUCUUACAUUUAUCCUGUGGCUCAUUGCCUGUGGUUUUGUGGCCAUAGCACCUGCAAAUGUGAUUCCUCUCCCUCACUGCUACUUAAAGCUGAAGUACACUUUCUGCGACUAUGCUGCCAUAAUGCGAACUACAUGUGUUGACCCUAAUUACUAUUUCAAUCAAACUGCAAUCAUAUCAUUCACUCUUUUAUUUUUCACUUUCAUUUUUAUUUGCCUGUCAUACCUGUGUAUGAUAUUUUUUGUUAAGUUAUUGUCAAAUGAUGACAAAAGAAAAAUGGGCAGCACCUGUUUGAGUCAUUUGAUCGUGGUAACAUGUUACUACUGUCCAACAUUUAUCCUUAUUGUGUUGACCAGAAUAGGUGUUGUGUUAACUCUUGAGGAGCGGCAUGGCUUAUUGAUCGGUGUUUUGCUUGGUCCAUCUCUUGUAAAUCCUUUUGUGUACAGUCUUAGGACGAAAGAAAUUAAAUAUAAGAUCUUUAAGAUAUUUAAAAAAGUUGAAUCUUCUCAGUAG